AUGGGAUUGCUCGAUAUAUUACGAAAAUUCCGUUCGACACCGCAAGAAGAGCUUCGCAUUUUACUUCUCGGUCUCGAUAACGCUGGCAAAACAACAUUACUAAAAGUACUUGCGUCGGAAGACAUUUCGCACAUUACACCUACACAAGGUUUUAAUAUCAAAAGUGUGCAGUCUAGUGGCUUCAAACUCAACGUUUGGGACAUCGGCGGUCAACGCAAAAUAAGACCUUAUUGGCGUCAUUAUUUUGAUAAUACCGAUGUUCUAAUAUACGUUAUUGAUAGUUCUGAUCGCAAACGUUUCGAUGAGACCAAUCAGGAACUAGCGGAGCUAUUAGAAGAAGAAAAAUUAAACAAUGUUCCUCUGUUAGUAUUUGCGAACAAACAAGAUUUAUUGAAUGCAGCGAAAGCAUCGGAUAUAACUGAUGGUCUUUCGUUACACGCCAUACGUGAUCGAGCUUGGCAAAUUCAGGGCUGUUCAGCAUAUACAAAAGAGGGUGUGAAAGAAGGUCUCGAAUGGAUUUCAAAAGUAGUUGCCAAUAAGAAAAAUAAGAAAUAA